AUGACUAUAAAUCAAGUGGACACCCCAACGUCACUAGUACAACUAGUAAACACGGUAUCAUCAUCAAGGCUACUAAGUAGCACCGUUUCAGUUGCAAGUUCGAUGGCUACAACCACAGCCACUGCAAAUCAUGGCGCCGCUGCUACCGCUGUGAGCACAACACUCCCUGCAACAAAUACAGGAACCGUGCCACCCUUCCCGAGCGAACGAAAACCGGCGGCGGCAAUUAUUGGGGGUACUAUUGGUGGAAUUUCAGCAGUUAUAUGUAUUACGACUAUAACAAUACACAAAGUUCGGAAUAGAAGGAGAAGGAAAAGAGCUUUGGCAAGACUUGCGGAACUACAAGGGAGAAACUUUGAUAAUGGAUACGAAGUUAAUGGAAUUUCUAGGGCAGGUGGAGACGAGGGAAGUCAAAGCACCUGGAGUGGGGGUCCUAUAGUGAGUUUUGUAUUGGAUGGUAGGAACAGGAGGGACACAGUUAUGACUACUGGGUCAAGAUUAUAG